GGGCCGAGGUCGACGGAGUGCAGCUUCCGAUCACGGGAUCAGGUGUCAGUUCAUGCCUGGCACGCGCAUAAGGCAAGAUUCCAUGAACGCGACUUCGCGUCUUCUGCCUCCUGCCUUACGCACUUUGCCACAUGCGUAAACAGUGCCGCAGAACGGCGUUGAUACACCGUAGACACAACGAUGACUGUCGCAUUGGGAAAGGAGAACAACACGCCGCUGCACAACAAGCAUAGAGCGCGCCUUCAAGGUGGCAUACCGCAGUCGGUCGACCGCUUGACAAAGCCUUUUAGGUGCCCGGGCUCGAAUGCGCCGUCUCGCACAUCAGACAAGCCGGCACGCAAAAGACGCAAGGUCGACUACGGUGGUGGCGAUGCAAGCGCAGAAGAUGGGGAUAAGGCCUACAGCAAUGACGAUAGGCUUGCGCUUGCGACAAGAGAUGUCAAUCGCUAUCCCGUCUUUGAGCCCAAAGACAAGGACUCGGCUUUCCGCUCGCGCUUCUCUGUGCCCUUGCUCAAAAAGGAUGCCACGUCCUACAACGCUGUGAGGCCACCGCCAUUGCUAGGCUUGCGGCAAGGUGCCGUGUUCGUGGCCAAACCUCUGCAUGACCCGGCCGGAGAAUUUGCGAUUGUGUUGUUUGAUCCUACAGUAGACGGCAAGCCCGAAAUCAAGGCUGCCGAUGAGGCGCUGAAAGAGUCAGCUAAGGGCUCACAGGAUGACGGAUCCAAGACAUAUGACUCACUCAUGCACAGAAGCCUUGCAGACAUUCUUGGUAUCAAGAAAAAGGACGACAGUGAGCGGCCUAAGGUUCCCGUCGUUAUCGACCCUCGGAUCGCGAAGGUACUACGACCUCAUCAAGUCGAAGGAGUCAAAUUCCUGUAUCGAUGCACCACUGGUUUGAUCGAUGACAACGCCCAAGGCUGCAUAAUGGCGGAUGAGAUGGGCUUGGGCAAGACGUUACAGUGCAUUACACUAAUGUGGACCUUACUCAAGCAGUCGCCAGAUGCCGGUAAAGGAACCAUUCAGAAGUGCGUCAUUGCAUGUCCAUCCAGCUUGGUGCGCAAUUGGGCCAACGAACUCGUGAAGUGGCUGGGUCAGGACGCCAUCAACCCUUUCGCCGUAGAUGGCAAGGCUUCCAAGGAGGAGUUGACGAUGCAAAUGCGUCAGUGGGCAGCUGCAACAGGUCGUGCUGUCAUUCGGCCGGUGCUGAUCGUCUCCUAUGAGACUCUCCGCCUGUACGUGCAAGAGUUGGGCAACACGCCGAUCGGCCUUAUGCUUUGUGAUGAAGGACACCGGCUCAAGAAUGGCGAAAGUCAGACUUUCGAAGCGCUGAAUGCUCUGAACGUCAAGAAGCGCGUCAUCCUCUCCGGCACCCCAAUACAAAACGACUUGUCGGAGUACUUCGCCUUGCUGAACUUCGCGAACCCAGGCUAUUUGGGCACCCGGCAGGACUUCCGCAAGCAGUACGAAAUACCUAUCCUGCGUGGCCGUGACGCCGGAGCCUCGGAUCACGACAUGCAGAGAGGUAACGAGAGGCUCAGCGAGCUGCUUGUGAAGGUCAACAAGUUCAUCAUUCGUCGUACAAACGACAUAUUAUCUAAGUACUUACCCGUCAAGUACGAGCAUGUCGUCUUCUGCAACCUCGCGCCGUUUCAGCUGGAUCUGUACAACUACUUCGUCAAAUCGCCGGAGAUUCAGAGCCUGUUGCGCGGCAAAGGCAGUCAGCCGCUGAAAGCUAUUGGUCUGCUGAAGAAACUGUGCAACCAUCCGGACCUGCUGAACCUACCAGAUGACCUACCUGGCUGCGACGAGCUCUUUCCCAAAGAAUAUGAGACCAAAGACAAUCGUGGUCGGAAUCGAGAAGUCAACCCAUCGUAUAGCGGUAAAAUGCAGGUUCUGGACCGCAUGCUCCGCAGUAUACGCCAUGAAACGACUGACAAAAUCGUCCUCAUCUCGAACUACACGCAGACUCUAGAUGUUUUCGAGCGACUUUGCCGUAGUAACUCAUACGGCUGUCUGAGGCUGGACGGCACCAUGAACGUGAGCAAACGCCAGAAACUCGUGGAUAAGUUCAAUGAUCCCGAAGGCAAAGAGUUCGUCUUCCUGCUCUCCUCGAAGGCUGGCGGGUGCGGUCUAAAUCUGAUCGGUGCCAAUCGUCUCGUACUUUUCGAUCCAGACUGGAACCCGGCCUCUGACCAGCAAGCUCUUGCUCGUGUAUGGCGAGAUGGUCAAAAGAAGGACUGCUUCGUCUACCGCUUCAUCGCUACAGGCACGAUCGAGGAGAAGGUAUUCCAGCGCCAGUCGCACAAGCAAUCACUUUCGUCAUGUGUUGUCGACUCCGCCGAGGAUGUCGAGCGCCAUUUCACCCUGGACAGUCUGCGAGAGCUGUUCCAAUACCGGCCGGGUACAACGAGUGACACUCAUGACACGUUCAAGUGCAAGCGUUGCAAGGAAGGAAAGCAAGUCAUUAAAGCUCCGGCAAUGCUGUAUGGUGAUACGAGUACGUGGAAUCACUUCGUCAACGAGGGGGAGAAGGGGCCAAUGAGCAAGAUCCAGGAUCUGCUGUUGAGGCAGGAGACGACGGAGAAGGACAUCUCCGCGGUGUUCCAAUACAUCAGUCACUGAAGCGAAGGAGCACGUCGGCAAGGCACAGCUCAAAGGCUGAGAUGCUGUAAUCACCCGAUCAAGUCAACGUUACAUCCGGGAACGCUUGUCGAAUACGUUCAUGAAACUUACCGCGAUCAAUGGCAAGAGCAAGAGACGCGCUUACAUGUACAAGCCUAUUUCUAGCCAUGCCAUCCGGAUCGACUGUGCCUGGUGACUCUCAUUGCCACGGACUAAAUGCCAUGUACGCCUUGCACAGGAGAUCGC